CGAUGCCGUCCUGCGCGUACCAGGACGACCUGUCCUUCCUGAACCUGUACGAAUCGUGCUCUUACGGACAGUCCUCCUGGUAUUUCCCUCUAGAAAACCCAGGGAUGGUGGGAGACAGCCUACCGCCUAUCUCAUCAAGUUCAUGUGCAGAUCAUCCCUCACAGUACAGCUCCACCAAGGCCAGCAACAUGUUCGACGGUAUGGAGGCAGACAGCCAGAUGGACAUGGACCGGAUGGACCAGUCUGACACAGACAGCCGCAAAAAUGUCAGUCGACAGAACCACAGCGAGAUCGAGAAACGGCGGCGAGACAAGAUGAACAGCUACAUCAUGGAGCUGUCGGCCAUGAUCCCCAUGUGCAAUGCCAUGUCCCGCAAACUGGACAAGCUGACCGUCCUGCGCAUGGCUGUCCAGCACAUGAAGACACUCCGAGCAACUGCAAAUCCCUUCACCGAGGGCAACUUCAAACCAUCCUUCCUGUCGGAAGAUGAGCUCAAACAUCUCAUCCUGGAGGCGGCAGAUGGUUUCCUGUUUGUUGUGAGCUGUGACCGUGGCAGGAUCCUGUAUGUGUCUGAGUCAGUGGCCCGAGUGCUGAACUAUAACCAGAGAGACCUGAUGGGUCAGAGCUGGUUCGACAUCCUCCAUCCCAAGGACGUGGCCAAGGUCAAGGAACAGCUGCUGUCCUCCGACAUGUCACCCAGAGAAAGACUCAUCGAUGCUAAAACUGGUCUCCCGGUUAAGGCAGAUGUUCCGCCGAUGCCGUCGUGCCUGUGUUCGGGGGCGCGGCGCUCGUUUUUCUGUCGCAUGAAAACGGGGAGAGUGGUGAAGGAGGAGAAAUACAGUCCUGACAGUGUCACACCCUGCUCUAGAAAAAAAGAGCGCAAGCAUUAUGUAGUGAUCCACUGUACGGGGUACCUGAAGAGUUGGCAGCCCUCCAAGAUGGGGAUCGAGGAGGAUAACGAGGCCGAUAACGAGGGGUGUAACCUGAGCUGUCUGGUGGCGGUGGGGCGCACGCAGGCCGUGGCCAACCCCGGCAUCGACAGCGCCAACAUUAACGUCAAACCGCUGGAGUUCGUGUCCAGACUCACCAUCGAUCACAAGUUUACCUUCGUGGACCAGAGAGCCACCACCAUCCUUGGGUACCUACCUCAGGAGCUGUUAGGAACCUCCAGCUAUGAAUAUUACUAUUAUGAAGAUCUGCCACAUCUAGCAGAGAGCCAUAAAGCAGUUCUGACGACGAAAGACAAGAUCCUGACGUGCGUGUAUCGUUUCCGCGUGAAGGACGGACGCUUCAUCAGCCUGCGGACAAAAUGCUUCAGUUUCCGCAACCCCUGGACCAAGGAGGUGGAGUACAUCGUCAACACCAACACCGUCGUCGCUCCAAAUGGAGGGAAUACUCCAGUAUCAGCUACCCCUGCCACACUAGCCAACAUGGACUCUCUCUACCACUAUCCUAUGGAAGCUGGGAAACAGAAGGUUCCAUCUGUGCCGGGGGUGCCAGGUGGGACGCGACCAGGCGCGGGAAAGAUCGGGCGACAGAUUGCCGAGGAGAUCAUAGAAAUGCACAGAAGCCUCCCCCCUCCCAGCCACGGAGGCACCCCCAGCCCCAUGGGACUGGAACCUGGACAGAACGGGGGAUCUCCACACACACCCAUGAUGACCUCUCCUGGCAAGGUGAUCCGGGGCAGCCCUGGCACCCCUAACCUAGUGGCAUCUCCCAGUACGAGUCAGCCUACCACCAGUCAGGCAUCAGAAGGACAGCCAGCCACACUUUCUCCAGGUCAGCAGGAGGCGGACACUGCCACCCCUGCCGUCCCGCGCACACACCCCAACGGCCUGGUCAUCCCGCCCACCCUGGCCACCAGCCUCCCCGACAUCUCCAUCACCGCCAGCGACCACGGCUUCCCUCCGGAACUCGACCCCGCUAACCUGGGGGGGCCGGAGAACGACGAGGCCGCCAUGGCCGUCAUCAUGAGUCUGCUGGAGGCGGACGCGGGACUCGGCGGGCCGGUGGAUUUUAGCGACAUCCCGUGGCCGCUGUGACGAAGACAUCGUGGUUAGAAGCCAUAUGAAACUUUGGAAAGUGGAACUCUGUCAGGACAUGAUAAUCUGUAUUCGGAAUCAGCUGCCCGGUCCGGUCAGCAUAAACAGUUGCCUGGUCUGAGGGCGGUUAUGUGGGUUUUGAGUAUCAUAUGCAGUGGAGCAAGCUUUUCUGUGCACGGUUUCACCCCCUUGCAGAAAGCAUCUCCUCAGAUACUCAAAACCCCCAUAACUGCCCUCGGACUGGACCGGGUGGCUGUUUACGUGGACCGGACCGGGCAGCUUGUUCCGAAUACCCGAUGAUGAUGUCAACUCCAGAAAGGACAAGUCGUAUCUUCCAGGACGAACAAGACGGAGUCAGAAAAGGCACGCAAGAAAAUCAUGACAAGUUGUAGAAAUUUUAAUGCAGCUGUAACAGUGAAUUAUAGAACUUCCAGAUUGCUACGCAUGACCGCAUGUCUUAACUUUUAGAA